UAUUGCGGCGCGCAAGAAGUUUGGCUUCUAAUAAUAAAGCAUUUAAUAGACAAAAUAGCAUGUCGGACUUUGAUGAUAAUGCGACUGGCUUCGAUAUGGACAAGCAAUUGGAAUACUCAGACCAGCCGAUGGAACUAAUUGGAGCUGAAGCCAAUCAGAAAAGCGUGGACAUCCCUGAAAUUACGCAGUUAUUGAAACAAUUUGCAGGGCUAUGCCUAAACUAUACGGAUUCGGAUAAUAAUUGUGUGCGUCAGGUGGUAACUUAUGAUCAAAACAUAUCCUCAAAAAUUCUGGAAGAAAAAAUGCAACUUUUGUGCAGCCUAAAUAAUUCAGUUAGCAUUAAAUUGUGCACAGUGGAACGAGUAGACAAUAUGCACAAGCAAUUAUUGCAACAAUUUCACGAUUUAUUCAACGAUGAGAACGAAUAUGUCCGUGCCUAUGCCGAACACUGUGACCAGGCAAUCAAGGCCAAAGAAGCGAUCGCCGAUCAAAGCGAACAUGACGAAUAUACCGAAAUGCCGUACGUCCGUUUGAUGGAAUGCAUAGCUGAACUGCAAACUCAACGAACUGCCAUACAUGCUGGCACUGCGGAUAUUGUGGCCAAAUAUAAGUUGCGGCUCAAGGAGAGGGACAUGUUGUAUAAGUCCAUGUUGGACGAGACGGCAACUCUUGAGAAAUACGAGCUGGAGGCAAUCGAGCUGCUCGAGCAAUUGGAGUUGGAAAAGUGUCCACGUGCGUUGAACCAGGAAACACAAUUGAAAUAAUUUAAUUCUAUUACACUUUUUCACACACAAUUUCAAAACUAUAUAUCUCUAUAUAAUACAUUAACAACAUACACACAUUUAAACUGACUUGAAAUAUAACUGUUACUUUUAUGUUA